AUGGCUCCCCAACUUGACGGCUACUUCAAGCAGGUCGACACCGAUGCCGACCACUUCAUCGAGCGCCUCAGGAAGGCCGUUGCGAUCCCUUCGAUCUCUGCCGACGUCGCGCGCCGUCCCGAUGUCGUGAAGAUGGGCGAGUGGCUCGCCGCCGAGCUCAAGUCUCUUGGCGCUUCCGUCGAGCUCCGCCCCCUCGGCGAGCAGCCUGAUAAGCCCGGCCUGCAGUUGCCCCCCGUUGUGCUCGGUAGAUACGGAAACGACAAGAACAAGAGGACUAUCCUAGUCUACGGUCACUACGACGUCCAGCCCGCCGAGAAGAGUGACGGCUGGUCUACUGAGCCUUUCGAGCUCUCCGUCGACGAGAAGGGCCGCAUGUUUGGUCGCGGUUCUACCGACGACAAGGGACCCGUUCUCGGCUGGUUGAACGCCAUCGAGGCUCACCAGAAGGCCGGUAUUGACUUCCCCGUCAACCUGCUCAUGUGCUUCGAGGGUAUGGAGGAGUACGGCUCUGAAGGUCUCGAUGAUCUUAUUGAGGCCGAGGCUAAGAAGUACUUCGCCGAUGCCGACGCCGUCUGCAUUUCCGAUAACUACUGGCUUGGAACUGAGAAGCCUUGCUUGACCUAUGGUCUGCGUGGCUGCAACUACUACUCUGUUGAGAUCUCCGGCCCCGGCGCCGACCUCCACAGCGGUGUCUUUGGUGGUACUGCCCAGGAGCCCAUGACCGACAUGGUUCGCGUCUUGGGUUCCCUGGUUGACACCGACGGCAAGAUCCAGAUUCCCGGUAUCAUGGAGCAGGUUGCUCCUGUCACUUCUGAGGAGGAGGGUCUCUACGAUGGCAUUGCCUUCACCAUGGAGACUCUCCAAGAGUCUCUCGGCAGCAAGACCACCAUCUUUGAGGACAAGAAGCCUACUCUCAUGGCGAGAUGGCGUUACCCCUCUCUCUCCCUCCACGGCAUAGAGGGAGCCUUCUCCGCCCCUGGCGCGAAGACCGUCAUCCCCGCCAAGGUCACUGGCAAGUUCUCCAUCCGUACCGUGCCCAACAUGGAGAUCGACCAGACCAAUGAGUGCGUCUACAAGUACGUCAAGGAGCAGUUCGCCAAGCUUGGCAGCAAGAACACCAUGAAGGUGUGGGCUCAGCACACUGGCAAGUGGUGGGUUGCGUCGCCCAAGCACUGGAACUUCACUGCUGCUGCCAAGGCUACGGAGCGCGUGUGGGGUGUCCAGCCCGACUUCACUCGCGAGGGUGGAAGCAUUCCCGUUACCCUGACCUUCGAGCAGGCCACUGGCAAGAACGUCCUUCUGCUGCCCAUGGGUAGCUCCACCGACGGUGCCCACUCCAUCAACGAGAAGCUGGACAAGCGCAACUACAUCGAGGGUAUCAAGCUUCUGGGUGCCUACCUGCACUACGUUGCCGAGGAGCCCAUGGCAUAA